CACCACCACACACCACACACAUCCACCUGCAAGCUAGCACGCAACAAUGCACGCCACGCAGCUCAUCCUCGCCGCCGUCUUCACGGUCACGGCUCUCGGCAGCAACGCCGUCCCGCUGCACCCCCGCCAAGACGCGGACACAGCGACGAUCCCGGAAUCCGGCGCCGCCGCCACCCCCUCAAGCACCAUAACCUCGGACAUCGGGUCGGUGAUCUCGUCGGCCGUCUCCUCCGCCGUCUCAUCCGCCGUCUCCUCCGCCACCGACACCGCCACAGGCGACGCGACCGACUUCACGAUCCAGACGUCGAUCCCGUCAACCAGCGGCGGGGCCAUCACGCUGACGGGCAGCAUCACGACGCCCACGCCCGGCACGCCGUUCGCCACGCCCAUCGGCACCCCCGGCAGCAACUCGACGGGCUCCGCUGCUGCUUCGAGCUCCUCCGCUGCUGCGAGCUCGAGCGAGGCCGCCGCGAGCUCGAGCGACGCCUCCGCGUCCCGCUCUAGUGCUAGUGCUAGUGCGAGUGCGAGUGGGACCGAGGGCGCGGCUGUGCGCAUGGGUGGCGUGCCGCUUGGCGAGGGCGUGUUGGGGUUGGUGGGGCUGGGCAUGGCGUUUGUUUUGUAGUGUGGGUUGGGUUGAGUUCGGUUGUUUGUUUGGGGGAGAGGUUGAGUGAGUGCUGGAGAUGCGUUUCUUGGCAGGGGUUUUAUUUAUUUCCUGGGGGAAAAGGGAGGGAAAAUGGGAGGGCGGUAAUGGUACGGUCGUUUCCUUAUUGAGGGGUAUGUGUAUAUGAAUGUUG